AUCCGGGCGUUCCAUAUGGAACAGGCUCAUGGUGUACCGGCGCCAACUUGUAAUGCGUGCGGGAAAAAAUUCGCGUUUCCCAAUCAGAUUCAUUCGUUCCACCCGAAGAUAUGACGGACUACACCAUCGUCGAGGAGGGUAGCAGGCGAAAGUACAGCUGCAACAAAUGCGGUACCUUACUCAGUACUCUAGACAGUAUGAGGAUGCACAUAGUGGCCGGACAUUUCAACAUUAUGACCUUUAAAUGCCCCCUCUGCGACGCGAGGUUCAAGCAUAAAGGCACUAAAACACAGCAUCUUGCAAAGAAACAUGGUAUGGAAGAAAUUACAGUAGCCGGGUCUAAAAUUAUCCGAGAAGCGCAAAAGUGUACCUGCGAGAUAUGUAAGAAAGAAUUUCCCAGUAGAAGCUGUCUCACCAGGCAUAUACCCACUCAUAAACUCUUCAAUUGCCCGGACUGUUCUGUUGUCUCCACUAAAGAUGAGAUAGCAAUACAUAGAUCAGAAGUGCAUGGAAUUAAUAUUCCAACAUGCGGAGUUUGCGGUUACAAGAACAGCAAAGAAUGGAGAGUGAUCACCCAUCAAAGGAAAGUCCAUUUGAAAGAGAAAAAUUUGUCGUGUCCGCACUGUGAAGCGACGUUUUUUGAUGUACACCAGCUGAAGAAACAUCUCGUAAGGCAUAAUCCUUUAAGGAUUUUCGAGUGUUCAUUCUGUAGGAAGAAAUUUCCGAGGUUGAACACUUUAAGGCAACAUGAAAAGAUACACACUGGAGACAAGAGGAAAGUGUGUAAUAUAUGUAAUGAAAGAUUUGUGCAGAAAGCGAGUUUGAAUUAUCACAUGACGAAACAUCAUCCUGAAGCAUGCUAAAGGCAAUAAGAAAGGCUACUGUAAUUUAGUUUCGUAGUACAUAUUAGUAUUUAUAAUAUAAA